AUGAUGCAAAAUGGACGUAUCAGCCACCGUGCUGCUGACCAGGACCACGGUGGCUGCGGCCAUGGCGACAGAAACGGCGGCUGCGGCCAUGGCGAUGGCGACGGUGCAGGUAGCAAUGUCAAUGGCGUCGGCUCGUUCUCGGAGAUCAAUAACUGGUUGGGGAGCAACAGUUUUGCGACGCAACCUGGUUCACAACCAGGUUCGCAGCCGGCGGAGCAGCUCCUCCAGUUGUCGUCGGCACCUCGGUCUUCCAUCGGCGGCAGUCCAAACCCUAACCUCGCCCUCCGACGCCAGCGGACGUGUCCGCCCGCGCUGGACAAAUCUCCGCCGCCGCCCGCGCCCAACCGGGAAGCGCCACGUGGCCCGCGCCGUCCCCGCGCCGCCGGCCCGCCGGGCCCGUACGCCGCCCCCGAGCCCGUUCCCGAGCCCGCGGCUCCCCCGCCGACCGCGCCCUCCCGUCGCCAGCGCCGCGCCGCCGCCGCCCUGGUGCGCCUCGUCGCGCCCCGCAGCUUCCCUGCCGGCGCCGCCCGCCGCCCCAUCGCCGGCGCCGCCGCCCGCUCCCGCCGGACCUGUGCCGUGCCACCCCGGGGUCGCCGCCCCUCUCCUCCGCCGUCCUCUCCUCCUCCGGCCGCCUCCCCGUCGCCCCUCCUCCUCAUCUCCGGCCACCGCCCAUCGAAACUCGAUCGGAUCUGGUGA